AAGUGUCAAACAUUGUUUUUUUUUUCUCCACAUCCAUGUUUUUUUUCUUCUGUCAAGCAGCAGAGCAGAGAUUCGUCACAUGAUUGCAGUGAUAUGGAAGCGAAUUUCCCCGUGGCCUGAGUUUGUCCAAAGUUAAAUCGUACGAGUUGUCAUAGCGUAACAUCGAGCCAUGGAGAGAUUAGAAGCCACAUCAGAGCUCCAGUCGCGGCUGUCAUCCCUUUCCUUCUCAUCGUUUCCCGGAAUAACAUCCAAACAGAGCGACAAAAGACCGCUGGACAGGCUUCAGAAUACAGACAUUUCACAGAGCUGUACCCAAUCCAAAAAUCAAGCUGAUAUGGAGGAAAUCCAGGAGGAUUUAGGGCAACAUUCUGAGGGUAAUGAAGCAGCCCCAGCAGAGCAGGCCCUGGGGGAAGGAGGUGAGGAGAACAACAGUGCUGGGAGCUGUCAGCACUCCACUGAGAUGAAAGCCCAGAUGCCGCCCCUGAAACCCCCAGCAACGUGGACAUCUGCUGCACUGAAGGAGCUGAAGGCAAAGCUUCGAACAGAGGACGACAGCGUGGUGACAGUGUACCGAGGCGACAUCAUGACAGUUCACGUGCCCACCGUCCCUGAAGCCAAAAAAGUGUGCUGGGAGUUUGCUACAGACGGUUAUGACAUUGGCUUUGGCAUAUAUUUUGACUGGACUCCUGUCACAAGCCGGUCUAUCACUGUGCACAUCAGUGAGUCAAGUGAUGACGAAGACGAGGAGGAGGAGCCGGAAGGGCCCGUCGGUAACGGAGACGUUGAGAAGGGCUCCAAGACUCAAACCAACUCCAAUUUGGCUGAAAUCGUACCCGUAUACCGCCAGGACAGUCACAUAUGCGUCCAGGGGGGGAGCCACGAUUUUCCAGGUGAAGGCACUUACCUCCUGAAGUUUGAUAACUCCUACUCACUUUGGCGAAAUAAAACUCUUUACUACAGAGUUUAUUACAGUGCCUGAGAUUCAAAUUUAUGAAUGUUUAAUUUACAGAA